GCCCAGUCGAGCAUGUUGGAUCGGGCAUGAUGCAUGGGCUAGCACGGAUCGCAACACGCCUGUACAUCCGUCCGCUCCACAAGGUCUAUAAAACACUACCACCGCUGAUCCCUCCUAAACCCUAUUUCUUAUGUCGAAUCGUCCCACUUACGUUGAUUACAAUCACUCUUCCCCUUCCAGUGAAAAGAGUGUAUACUUCGACGCGCCCCUGAUGCAUUUCUUCUCAAAGUCUGAUUCAAAGGACGCCACCAACAACUCCACUACCGCGGAUGAUACCAAUCGUUCUGGUGCCGCUUCACCUAGCCAUGACGAUCAUCCACAGCCUGCUGUGACGUCUCCCCAAACCUCUGAGCAGCAUGCAGAUAACACCAGCAAUGAUCGGCCUCGUCGUGGAUUCCAGCUCCACGAUGCGCCAGUCGAUUCUCGUCAACAAAGAAUGAGCGACGACUCUGGUUACGCGUCACCGACCAGACGCGCCAAGUCUGUCAACGCAGGCUCCGCCCUCCGUUCAAAUGAGAAGGAAGAAGAGAUGAAGCCAAUUCCCGUACUUUGGUCUGGUCCUCCCACUGCUGAGCAUGUUGGCGACAACGGUGCUGCCAAGCGUGCCUCGUCGUUGCGUUCGUUCCGCUCACCACCCACCGGGAAUGAAGACGCGGAUAGUAUCCGUACCGAUCCGUCUGGAAGACGCACGCCUAGCCGUCAUCACAGACGACUCAGCAUGAGGGGUGGAAGCUUUGUCAAUGGUCCUGGUACUAUUGGUCCUAAUGCCAAACUCGAACCGAACGAUUCAUUCCGUGAAAGGAGUGAAACGGCAGAUUCGCUGCUGAGCAAGAAGGAAAAGCUAAAGAUUAGCAAGUCAGAGUUGAAAGAAGGUAGACGUUUGGCGAAAGUCGUCAAGGAUGAAGCCAGAGCGGAACAGGAGGCAUUGGAGCUUGCCAUACGGGAACUCUCUGAGAUCCAGAAGACACAGAGAGCUGCAGUCAAGGAGGAAGAAAAGACUUAUGCGGCUCAUGCCAAGGCUCUCCGCGUGUUCCACAAAGAGGAGAUAACAUUCAUGGCUGCUCGUGCACGGUUCGAGAAAGCGCAAGGCGAACUCCGAGCAUUUGAAGAAGCACGGGAAGCGGCGCGUCAACAUGCCCUCGACGCCACUGACAUGCUUCAAGAGAAGAAUCAUGAAGUCGAGUACUUGCGAGCUCAGAAAUCUGUUGAUGACCGAGAGCGAGAACUCAAGUUGCGUCAAUUGACUGGCAAAAAGUGAUGCAAUUUGGGCUGGUCUGCGUUGUUUUUGUGCUAUUUUCUUUCCUGUACUUUUAUCAUGUUGGAUUUAGGGAUGUGCUAUAUUACUUGUUGUAUGUUUUUGCCGUUGUUACCCUAUGCUGUUUGCUUACUGGAAAUACUACUACACACGAUUUAAUCUCGUUCGCUUACUGUGUUCCUUCUGUCUCCGCCAAGUGAACCGUGCAAAUAUCAUGUUGGGCGACCGUUUCGUGCUAGGUCUAUAUAUGAAAAGACAUGAGGUCAAUGACAAUAGUGGACAGUGGGUUGGGGUUCAGGGGUUCACUAGUAGGAAAACUCUGUUCUUCAUGUUAAUCCGCACAUUCCUCCUAUACAUUACCUGAGGUCCGGGAAUGAGGUGCAGUCAGACAAUCCAAAUCUUGGAAACCAACGGAACACUAUGUUUGAUAUUGGCAACGGGAACAAUUGUGGCGAAUCGUAUUCCGUCUUUGAGGGUC